AUGGGUGAUCGUUACAAUAUACACACUCAGCUUGAACAUUUGCAGUCCAAGUAUGUGGGAACGGGACACGCAGAUACAAUACGUUGGGAAUGGCUAACUAAUCAACAUCGUGAUAGUUGUGCAUCUUAUUUGGGGCAUUUCGACCUCCUCAAUUUGUUCGCCAUAUGUGAGAAUGAAUGCAAAGCAAGAGUGAGGUUUAACAUAAUGGAACGAAUGCUGCAGCCCUGCGGUCCUCCGCCUGAGAGACCGGAAACCUAA